UCGGUGCUGAAAUUAAGGCUUAUGUUAGUUAGUGGUCGCGGAAAAAAGCCCUUGAAUCUAUUUGAAUUUACUUGAAUCAAAGAACAAGGUUAGUUAACUAUGGAUAUGAACAAUCAAACUCUACUAAGACAAUUCGAUUUAAUUCAAAACUACUACCGAGCAUGCACAAAGACCCAGUUUCAUGGAAAGCAAAGAACUAAUUACGCAGCUUUUAAUCCACUGAGUAUCUUUUCCGUCUUGGGUUGGGUAUAAAGUCUACUUUGGAGAAACCGUGAUGAGGAUGGUAGAGAACACCAGAAGAUAACAACAGCUCACAGCUUAUAGCUUACCUUGACCGGACUUGAGCAUCAAUCAAGUAAAUACCAACAGAAUCUACUUAGUUACAAAAUCACCAAUACAACAAGAUGCCUGCCACACCAUUAACCUCUGCUGGUAGGCUUGUUGCAGACCCGGACUUCAAGAGUGGCUGGGGAGCAGUCCUAACGCCCGAAAUUAAUGAGGUAGUCCGUAGUGUGAGAAAGGAAGCCGGCGCAACGUAUAGGUUGCAAACCGCAAGGGAUGAACCCAUCACGGUGGCUUCUAUGUAUACCGCAUUAUUCUGGGAGGCGCGCAACUUUAGAAAUUCGUCAACGGUCUUUAUACCGGCUAUCACCGAGGAAUUCAAGUUAUUCGCAGAGGAAGACGAAGUCUUCGACGCGUCUCGGGCCGUAAUUAGGAAAAAGGCGUCUGAAAAUAUCCGCGACACUGAAUUUCACCCGCUAUUGAAAUCAAUCCGAGAUUCUAAAUUCACACUCUGGCCUGUUCGCCUACCCCUAGAGGAUAUUUGGGUGACUAUUGCCUUGCAACUUGGAGGAAUCUCCGAGGGCUCCAAGGGCUCUCAAGGAUCACCUUUACAUUACGACCGGGAAGUGGUUGCAUGUGCUAUUAUCGACCCUUACCCAAGUGCGCGCGAUGAUCGAAGAAACUUCGUCAAGAAAAGAUUAGCAGAGAUAUUGGGUGAGGGCUGUAUUCGCUUCAAUGAUGGUGUCGUUAUGGGAACCUUUACGACGGAAGACAUUAGCAAACUAUGGGAAACAGGGCAUGUAGCUUACGCUAUAUGCCGAGAGUUCAUCCGUCGGCUGAAUGUCCUCAAAUACCAGGAGGACUGCGGCCAUUCUGUAAGCACUUCUCUCCUCUGGAGUCCAUUUGAGCAGCACCACGAUGUCGACUCUUACCGGGAAUCGAUUAUGGCUGCUUGCGCGCAUCGGACUAUUCAAAACUCUAACUACCUUGUACGAAUGGCACUCGAGGUGCCCAGUAAAAAGUCGAAUCACGAACCUGGUCGCUUAGAUCCCCACGUAGAAGACCUGAAGGACUCGUGGUUUACAAAGCCCAAGACAAAGACACCUCGUAAAGCAGAAGUAGAAGUGCCUGAGCAAGACAAUAUCGUAGUUGCGCCUUUAACCCCUGUUUCCGAACAUGGGUCACGUGUGUCACAGUCGAAUAAUCAAAAUGAAUACGACGAUGAUGAUGACGAUGACGUUGAUGAAGAGGAGGAGGAAGAUGAUGAGGAGGAGGAUGCGGAUGCGGAUGCGGAUGCGGACGAGAAUAUUCAUACGGAUCUAGUAUCUCAGGGUGGUGCAUAUACCCCUUCCUCUCCUGUGCUUAAUGAGGACGAGAAGCCUGUGGGAGAUCAAAUCAUUCAAAGCAUCGAAGAGCCUCAUGAUAGCCAUGAAGAAGUGAGUACUGAGGUUAGUCAAGAUCUACAAGAGCAGGAUGAUACUCCCCCAGAGGGCGACACCAAAGAACAACCGAGAGAAGUAACCCCGGCAAAGCGUGAACGAGAUGACGAAGAGGGUCCUCCUACAAAAAGGACCAAGCUAGAGGAUACUGAGUAAGUAGAUAAGGGGACGAGGAUUUGUUUCACGCGUUCUACUUACAGCAUUAUCUUAGCAAUGGGGUAAGCUGCCUGGAUAGGUACCACCUAACUUGCCUAGGGGAGUUAUGAUGUUUACAUGGGUACCGAGUUUACAAGCAUGUUUACGCUGGAGUUAACUACGAUAAUAUGUUAAAGAAAAGGAUAUACUUAUCAAUAGGUAGUUAGAUUCUGCGCGAUACCUGUUUACCCCAUUGUUGGAGCAGUGUUUAAAUGUAGGAAAUCACAUUAAAUAACCGAGACGUGCCAUAGUCUUGCAAGUGAAACUUGUGCCAAUAUGAGGGAAUCAAUUGACUGGUAAUUGGAAAACGGAGAUGCG